GAGAUUUCGCCAUGCCCGAGGGCCAAGGGGGGGCAGGUGGAACUGGCAUCGAUGCGGACAGGGAGAAGAUCCUCGUGAAGCCGUUGCCCGUGCAUCCACCUCCAGGAGCUGGCAGCAGCAGUGGUGCCACCUCGGGAAAUAAAGGCCUGAUGGGUCUGUGGCCCUUUACGAAGAAGGACAAGGAUGCUACCAGCAGCAGCAAGGAGGAGCAUGAUGCGGCCGAGGCAGAGAAGGCAGCAGAAGGAGAUCUUGAGGGAGACAAGACGACUGAAGAGGAUGCAAAGAAGACGGAAUCUGGCGCCGAGGAAGAGAAGAGAGGGGCGGGAGAGCGCCCGGUCGUGCUAAGCGAGGACGGCGAGAAAGUCCAAGCUGCUGUCGAAGCCAAGCGCCGCACGAGCAUUGAGGAGCCGGACGAGGGAGAGGAUGAGGUUGUUGUCUGAAGAGAAUGACCACGGUGGAUCUGUCUCUCUAUAACGUAUACCAUUUGGGGGGGUCUUUGCAUGGGAUUUGGAAUGCUGUGCUGUACAGUUAACGAAAUGACUUGCGGACAUAAUGCUGCUGUGGCUGCUGUUUGUUGCUGGCUCCUUGCCGAGGAAGAUUGUAGCUAGCUGCUUGCAUGUAUGGAAACUUUCAGAGAUGAGCAUCAUGGCAUCACGGAUGACGGUCGUGCAAUGAAAUAGGGAUUUGAUUGAUGGGGACUGGGGCGCGUAUUUGGGGCGGGGGUUGGUGAGGCCAGUCUUGUUGUCUUGGUCUGUCUAUUUGUACUAUAUAGUGUGGUCAUGAUAUGUGAAGCUCGCAUC